CAUCCCGAAAGAUUUGUCGGACUAUCAUUCAUCUAUAUCUAUGUCGUGAUUCCGGCUCCAUGCCCUCCCCCCCAAGGAUUCCCCUCUUCAACCUCAAAGUUCCCUCGCAGCUUCCCUGUUACACCUUCACCUGUAACACCUAAAAAGCGACGACGAAGAUGGCCGUUACUGCCCACGACGUCGAAGAAAAGCAGCUGGGCAAGCAUAUAGAGGAAUCUCCAGAAGUCUCGGCUAAGGACAUCCCUCUCUUUGGGGACGGAGAGGCCUUCCGUAAUGCCGCCGAGCGAGGCCAAACAGCAACUGACAGACAUGGCCAGUCGCUGGUGCAGUUCGACCCAGCUGCUGAGCGAAGACUUCGCUUGAAGAUUGAUCUGUACAUCGUCCCGACCGUUGCUCUCCUCUAUCUGUUCUGUUUCAUAGAUCGUGCAAAUAUCGGCAAUGCAAGGCUUGCGGGAUUCGAGAAAGACCUUAAACUCGUAAAAUACGAUUAUAAUAUUGUCCUCUCUGUCUUCUACAUUUCCUACAUCGUCUUUGAGAUCCCUUGCACCAUGGCCUGUAAAUGGGUUGGUCCUGGAUGGUUCAUCCCCGCUAUCUCGCUCGGCUUUGGAAUAUGUACCAUCUGCACCGCUUUCGUCACCAACACCCAUGCUGCAUGUGGCGUCCGUUUCCUACUCGGGGCUUUUGAGGCCGGUUUGAUGCCUGGCAUUGCUUAUUACCUGUCCAGAUGGUACCGAAGAAGCGAGUUGGCUUUCCGCUUAGCCCUCUAUAUCGUCAUGGCUCCCCUCGCAGGUGCCUUUGGCGGUCUCCUAGCCUCUGCCAUUCUGAGACUUGAUGGCUUUGGUGGUCUGCAUUCAUGGCAGAUGAUCUUUGCUAUUGAAGGCAUCAUCACUUGUGGCCUUUCAGUCCUCGCUUUCGUUACUUUGACUGAUCGCCCCGAGACUGCGAGAUGGUUAACCCAGGCUGAGAAAGAUCUUGCCAUCGCCCGCGUUAAGUCAGAGCGAGUCGCUACAACCGAAGUUUUAGACGCCAUCGAUAACACCAAAACCAUGCGAGGCAUCUUCUGUCCCGUCACCCUCGCCACUUCGUUCAUCUUCCUCCUCAAUAACAUCACCGUUCAGGGCCUCGCCUUCUUCGCGCCUACCAUCGUUAAAACCAUCUACCCUAAAGAAUCAAUUGUAUCUCAGCAACUUCACACCGUUCCCCCUUACGUUGUCGGCGGCUUCUUCACACUUCUAUUGCCAUUUUUAAGCUCGAUGUUCGACCGUAGAAACCACUUCCUCAUCAUCUCUGCACCUCUCAUGAUGAUCGGCUACAUCAUGUUCCUCGCGAGCAAAGAACCCAUGGUCAGAUACGGCGCAACCUUCCUCAUCGCUAGCGGCGCCUACUCCUUCGGCGCCCUCUGCAACGCCCAAGUCGCUGCUAACGUCGUCUCCGACACAGCCAGAGGCGCCGCAAUCGGCACCAAUGUCCUGUUUGGCAACGUCGGCGGUCUAAUUUCCACCUGGUCAUUCCUGCCGACCGACGGCCCCGAUUACCUUAUCGGCAAUGGCCUUGAUUUCGCUACCUCGUCAACCAUUCUCCUGCUAUCCAUCCUCCUGCUCUUCUGGAUGAAGGCGGAUAAUCGGCGGAGGAGCAAGAAGGAUGUCGAUUCUAUACUCGCUGGCCUUAGUCAGAAGGAGGAGCAGGACCUUGACUGGAAGCAUCCGGCCUUCAGAUGGAAGCCAUAGGGGUGAAGGUCAGACUCGUCUUUACUCGGAUAAUGUGGAUUCAGCAGGAUUUUAGUAUACUGUAAUCACAUUUUUAAUAUAUCAUUUAAGCG